AUGAGGGGUGGCGAGAGGGUGGCCAAUGAUUUUAAAGGGGUGGUAUACAAUAUAUCUAACUCAAAUGCAUCUACAACGCAAUCAAGGUCAAGUGUUGUGGUUUUUUCCUUUUCAAUACUUAAUAUAGAAAUAUUUGACAACCUAUCACCUAUCAUUAACCGUCGUUGUCCGAAGUGUACCGAUAACAAUCUAAUAUCAUUCAGGAAACACUUGGCCUUAAUAAAACAACAUCCCUGUGGCACUCCGCAACCUAGGGUGCUCGAGUCGAUAGCACUUAUACCCGAAGAAAUUAACUCGGAGUCGGAUUUGAAGAUUAUACCACCAUUUACGGUUUUGCACAGGUGUGAUUCUACUGGUUGCUGCGAAAACAGUACAAUGAGAUGCAAGCCACAGGAAAUAGAAGAAGUUACGGUGACAUUUGCCCUUCUUAGGCCAUCCUACAACCUCAAAUAUCUCAAAGUGAAUUUGGUGAAUCAUACAUCCUGCAGUUGUUCAUCUCUUCACUGAUAAUGAUAGAAAAUAACAUCUUUUAUUUUAUGUUGGUCCUAUGUAAAGUGAGUAAUAGUUUUAAAAUAAAUAUCUGAUAUGUAUAUUUUUAUCAAAUAAAAA